AUGGUUGCGGAUAUGAGGAGUAGAAUGAGUUUGUUUGUUGUAGGGCUAUCUCGUCUGUCGAGUAUGGAAGGUAAGGCUGCAAUGCUAACAGGUGACAUGGAUAUAGCAACGUUGAUGGUUUAUGUGCAACAGGUUGAGGAAGAGAAGAUGAGGGAUAGGGAGGAGUUCAGAAAUAAGAAGGCUAAGACGUCAGGAAAUGAGUUUGGGCAGCGAAGAAAUAAUGUGAAUCGGGUAGUGUGGCACAAGGGGGUAACUGGGCUCAGUCAUGUGCUAAGUGUGGUAAAACCUACCCGGAGCAAUAUAGCCCAAUCUGCAUCAAUUGCUCCACCAGACAGUGAUGCACCUAGAGGAGCUACUUCCAGCACUGGCGGAGGAUCAAAUCGCCUUUAUGCGAUCACUAGUCGUCAAGGGAAAAAGAAUUCCCCAGAUGUUGUCACUGCUCCUUCAAAUGGAGAGGUGUUAGAAGGAUCUUAA